CGCCGCAGCGUCUGACGUCCCGCGCGUCGGCGGCCGGGAGCGGCGCGGGGAGCCAGGCGGGCGGCCGGCGGGGUGUGAAGAAAAAAAAAAAAAAUGACAAUCCAGUGGGUGGCGGUCGCAACUUUCCUGUACGCUGAAAUAGGACUCAUUUUAAUCUUCUGUCUGCCUUUCAUUCCUCCUCAGAGAUGGCAGAAGAUUUUUUCAUUUAGUGUCUGGGGAAAAAUUGCAACUUUUUGGAACAAGGCUUUCCUUACUAUUAUAAUCCUAUUGAUUGUUUUAUUUCUAGAUGCUGUGAGAGAAGUACGCAAAUACUCCUCUGCUCAUGCCGUUGAGAAGGGCUCAACCGUCAAACCUGGGGGCUUUGAACAUACACAGAUGAAACUUUUUAGGUCUCAAAGAAAUCUUUACAUUUCUGGAUUUUCAUUAUUUUUUUGGCUUGUGUUGAGACGUCUGGUUACGCUUAUAACUCAGCUGGCAAAAGAACUGUCAAACAAAGGAGUACUUAAAAGUCAAGCAGAAAAUACUAACAAGGCUGCCAAAAAAUUCAUGGAAGAGAAUGAGAAACUAAAAUGGAUCUUGAAAAGCCAGGGCAAGGAUGACGAAAACAUGUUGGAAGCAGAAAAUAAAAAACUAGUGGAAGACCAGGCAAAGCUGAAAACUGAAUUAAAGAAAACUUCAGAAGCCCUUUUCAAGGCACAAAAUGAUGUGAUUGCAAUGAAGAUGCAAUCAGAGAGACUUUCGAAAGAAUAUGAUCGACUCCUGAAAGAACACUCUGAACUUCAGAAUCGUUCAGAAAAAGUCAAUAAGAAAGGCCUGUGAAGUUUAUAAAAGAAGAUUGUGAUACACCAUGUCAAGAUGAUAAAUUUGUUAUCAUGUUAGCCUCUAUAAAAUUCAAAAUGCAGAUAAAUGUACUGUGACUGCCCAAGACUAUUUUUAUUGCCACACAUAGUUUGCGUAGUAAUAACAUUAUCAAAAUAUCUAAAAGUGUUUCAGAUGCAUUAUAAAGUGUGUAUUCUAGCUCUUAACAAAUACAUAGGCAUGUUAAAUACCAUAUUUACACAUUUACAUGCUGGCUGUUUCCCAAUAAAAGGAAAAAUUCCUUAAUUAUUUCCAAAAUCGGAUUUUUUAAGUUGCAUGAAACCUUUAAUAGCCUUAAAAGCUUUUAUUAAUUUUCAGUAAUAAUCUGUUUAAUCAGAUGAUGACGAUGUGCUUGAAAAUAAUAUCUAUCAAAAAUUUGUUCACAUGAAUAUUAAAUGAGGAUAAAUGAUCAGAAUUAGCCACUGUAUUUAUAGAGAAAAGUCAAAAAGAGCAAUGAAAGUGAAGACCUUAGUUUUUUUAAAAGUCUGAUGGUACUGUGGCUGACUUUGAUAGACAGCUAUAUUGUUAGUUAUAUUUUUGUUACAGUGUUUCUGUACAAUUUGGACUGUUAUUUUUUUUUGACAUUUGUAUUAAUAACAUAAUUAGCAUUCUGUCUUUUCAAGUUGAUCUAGUGAGAGUUUACAUCUAUUUGUAUUAACUGCUGUAGCACCGAGCUGAACUUAUUUUACAACAGUGUGGAAUUCUUGACUUAAAAAGUUAAUAUAUAACAUUUACAGAACAAUGUUUUCCAUGGUUGUGAAAGUUGCUAAUUAUACAAAUAUUACCUCAAAUAUACCUGCACUAUUGUUAGAGGUGUCACACAGUUUCUCUGAGAUGUUUCUAUAUUCUGAAAGCUAAAUAUUAAAUACUAUUUUUGCAUUCAACUCUUAGAGUUUAUGUUAGAAAAUGGUAGAAAUUAUAAUAUUAAAAGAAUUAGGUUGUUCCAUUGUUUGGACAUGACAAUCACCUUACUUAGACUUUAAAAGAAAAUGGAGGGCCGGUGCUGUGGCAUAUCAGGUAAAGCUGCCGCCUGCAGGGCCGACAUCCCAUAUGGACGCUGGUUCAAGUCACAGCUGCUGCUCUACCAAUCCAGCUCUCUGCUAUGGCCUGAGAAAGCAGUGGAAAACGGCGCAAGUCCUUGGGCCCCAGCACCUGCAUGGGAGAGCUGGAUGAAGUUCCUGGCUCCUGGCUUCGGAUUGGCGCAGUUACAGCCAUUUGGAGAGUGAACCAACAGAUUGGAAGACCUCUUUCUUUCUCUCUCUCUCUCGGCCACUCCUUCUCUCUGUAACUCUGACUUUCAAAUAAAUAAAUAAAUCUUAAAAAAAUUAAAUAUAAU